AUGGCCUUGUCCAUGAUGGACCGGUCGGAAUUGUCAAGGCCAUGUGUGAUGACGAGGUCGAGGGAAUGGCCACAGUUGUGGAUCGAGCUUGAAGAGAAGCUGUGGGGCUGUGGGACUGAUGAGAUGUCACUUGGCACUUUAGCUAUGGAUGGUGGCGUGGACUACUUCGACACUGCCUGUCAAUACGAGAGUUCAGAGCUGGGCCUGGAUCCACCUGCCUGUACCCAGGCCAGGGCGCAGCAGCCCCAGUUACUGAUAUCGUGUCUGGGUGAUUUGGACCAGAAUAACGUGGCGGGUGUCAACCUUUACGAGAGUCCCCCGGGUUCGGAUCCCGGACACUUCUCCCAGUCUGAUCACCUCACUUCAGGGUUUGGGGAUGAGCUUCUGCUGCAUCAGGGGCGCUAUCCGUUCCCCUGGAUGAAGAGCACGAAAUCACACACCUACACGCUAAGGAGCCAGUGGACAGGAAACGGUUUUGCAAUGGAAGUGGAUGAAAGCAAAAGGACGCGCACGGCUUAUACCAGGGGACAGCUGUUGGAGCUGGAGAAGGAAUUCCACUUUAACAAGUACAUCUCCAGACCUCGACGCGUUGAACUGGCGAUAAUACUGAACCUCACAGAGAGGCACAUCAAGAUCUGGUUCCAAAACAGGAGGAUGAAGUGGAAGAAAGAAGAAGCGAAACGACAAACUCAAACGGUUUCAAACAAAUCCAAAACUUCAGUGCAGGAAAAGUGUUCAGUGGAAGCGGAAGAGAGGAACACGACAUCCACCAGAAAGCACAGUGAUUUUGCUGUGCCUGGAAUCAACAGCGAUAUUAGACAAUUCAUCUCAUAA